CAAAGCUGAUUUUCUAGCAGACAACAUGGUAAGUUCCUACAAAUACAUUUUUGUCAUUCUAGUAUUUGCCAAUCGUGUAAUGUCUUGUGAUCAUAUCAGUUGACUAUGCCCGUUUGUGUGUGUGUGUGUGUCUGUGCAGGCUAAUUCAGCGUCUGGGAUGCACGUAAGCGAUGAGUGCAAGCUCAAGUUUUUGGAGUUGAAAGCAAAGAGGAACUAUAGGUUUAUUGUAUUCAAAAUUGAUGAGAAAGCUCAGCAAGUUACAAUAGAUAUGGUUGGGAAUCCAGAAGAAACUUACGACGGUUUCACUAAAUGUAUGCCUGAGAACGAGUGCCGAUAUGCUGUCUAUGACUUCGACUUCACCACUCCUGAAAAUUGCCAGAAGAGCAAGAUCUUCUUCAUCGCAUGGUCACCUGAUUCAUCAAGAGUUAGGAGUAAGAUGUUGUACGCAAGCUCAAAGGACAGAUUCAAGAGGGAACUGGAUGGAAUUCAGGUUGAAUUGCAAGCAACUGACCCUAGCGAGAUGAGCCUCGACAUCAUCAAAGGCCGAGUCAAUCUCUGAAUGCAUCUUAAUUCGUUUCAGUC